AUGAAGGUGAUGCCUUUUGGACUCAAGAAUGCAGGUGCUACAUACAUGAGAGCUAUGACAACUAUUUUUCAUGACAUGAUCCAUAAAGAGAUUAAGGUCUAUGUGGACGAUGUCAUCAUCAAGUCACGGAAGAGUUCAGAUCACUUGGUACACCUGAAGAAGUUCUUUGAUAGGUUGCGGCGAUACAAUUUGAAGCUGAAUCCUGCAAAAUGUGCAUUCGGAGUUCCAGCUGGAAAAUUAUUAGGUUUCAUUGUCAGUAGAAGGGGCAUAGAGCUGGAUCCUUCAAAGAUAAAGGCUAUCCAGGACCUUCCACCUCCAAAGAAUCGGAAGGACGUGAUGAGCUUCCUUGGUCGCCUCAACUACAUCAGUCGUUUCAUAGCCCAAUCAACAGUGAUUUGUGAGCCGAUAUUCAAGAUGCUGAGGAAAGAUGCCACUACCAAAUGGACAGAGGAAUGUCAACGAGCUUUUGAUAGGAUCAAAGAAUAUUUAUCUAACCCACCGGUGCUGGUACCUCUGGAACCUGGAAGGCCGUUGUUGUUAUACAUGAUGGACCCGCUCAAGUACAUCUUUCAGAAACCUACGCCUACAGGAAAGCUGGCGAAGUGGCAAAUUUUGCUAAGUGAGUUUGACAUCGUGUAUGUUACUCAGAAGGCCAUCAAAGGACAAGCGUUAGCUGACCACCUCGCAGAAAAUCCUGUGGAUGAAGAAUACAAGCCACUUAGGACGUACUUCCUAGAUGAAGAAGUAUUGUUCGCUAAAGAAGAUAUUUCAGAAGCAUAUUCUGGUUGGAGAAUAUUUUUUUAUGGAGCCGCAAACUUCAAAGGAGUCGGAGUUGGAGCAGUACUAGUUUCAAAAUCUAGACAACAUUAUCCAAUCUCAGCGAAACUUCGAUUUCCAUGCACCAACAACAUGGCGGAAUAUGAGGCUUGUAUACUUGGGCUCAGAAUGGCCGCAGAUAUGAACAUCCAAGAGUUAUUGGUUAUAGGUGAUUCAGACUUGUUAAUUCAUCAAGUACAAGGCGAGUGGAAUACAAAGAACACAAAAAUCCUACCGUACUUACAUUUUGUAAAGGAGUUGUGUAAGAAGUUUAUCAAUGUGGACUUCAAGCAUGUUCCAAGAGUUCAAAAUGAGUUCGCAGAUGCUUUAGCAACUUUAUCUUCCAUGAUUCAACAUCCAGACAAGAACUACAUAGACCCCAUCAAGGUGAAUGUGCAGGAUCAACCAGCUUAUUGUUUCCAUGUGGAUGAAGAGCCAGACGGAGAAUCAUGGUAUUAUGACAUUAAUAGUCGUUUUGUACAGAAAUGUCAUCAGUGUAAGAUCCACGGUGAUUUGAUUCGAGUCCCACCAAAUGAACUCAAUGUGAUGAGUUCUCCUUGGCCGUUUGCAGCUUGGGGCAUGGAUGUCAUCGGCCCAAUUGAGCCGGCCGCCUCAAAUGGGCAUAGAUUUAUCAUGGUAGCUAUUGAUUACUUUACAAAGUGGGUAGAAGCCUCUUCUUACAAGUCAGUUACAAAGAAGGUUAUAGCAGAUUUUGUCCGCAAUAACAUCGUUUGCCGAUUUGGAAUUCCUGAGUCAAUCAUUACAGAUAAUGGAGCCAAUCUCAAUAGUGCUUGA